CUCUUUCAUUCAACAAACACCUCAUACGCGUCGUACCUUUUUCACUCAUAUUAUUGUUUAUGGUAAUUGGUACGGAGUCUAUGUUUUUAAAAUAGGAUAUGGUGGGGGGCAAAAUCGCCAUUAAAAAGUCUAGUCGUCUUCUUCAAAAAGAAAGAAAAUAAAAACUUGACCAGUCUUCUCUUGGAUCGAUCAAAUCCCAAAACCAGAGACCCUAAGCCCAAAAUUCCAGCUUUCAGAAGCAACGCCGCCGCCGUUCCCGCCGCCGUCCAUGGCCGAUCUUCUUCCCCACUCUCACGCCCUCACCUUCUGCGGAGUCCUAUCCGAGUCCAGGCGCAUAAUCAACGCCCACUCCCGCCAUUUCCUAGCCCUAUCCGUCUUCUUCCUCCUGCCCCUCUCCUUCUCCCUCAUCAUCUACCCCACUCUCCACUCCGCUCUCUGUCGCCCGGACUCCAUCUCCUUCUACGCCAGCAGAUUCCUCCAAUCCGACCCGACCCGAACCCGCCCCGACCCGGAUGGCGAUUCCCCGGUCUUCUUCAUCCUGCCCCUGGUCUACGCCCUGUUCGGUUUCCUCGUUCACCUGUUCGCCGUGUCCGCGAUCUCCUACAGCACGUUCCACGGCUUCUACGGUAGACCGGUGAAGCUGGUUUCUUCUUUCAAAUCACUCCUGUUCUCUUUCUUGCCCAUGAUUUCCACCUUCCUAGUCUCCAAACUCAUCCUUUUUUCAAUCGCUUUCCUCUUCUCGCUUCUAUGGCUCUCUGCUUUAAAAGGGCUCGAAUUGGCAGGAAUCGAAGUGGAUUACGACUCGAAUUACUUCUAUGCAGUGGCCAUCGUCUCCGCAGCUCUGGUUGGAGCUGUAAUGCUAUGGCUACAAGUCAUCUGGGUUCUUGCUCCAGUGACAGUGGUGGUUGAAUCAAGAUGGGGGUUCGGGCCGCUGAUGAGAAGCGCGAAUCUGGUGAAGGGGAUGAAAGGGGUAGCACUGUCAUUGUUGCUGUUCUUCAACCUCGCGAUCUGGUUCCUGGUUGGCAGUUGCGCGACAAUCUUGCUCCACGUUGGGGUUGCCCGCGGAUGGUGGGGCUGGGCAGUCAUAUUACAGGUGGUGAUCAGUGCUGGUCUUGCCACAGUCCUCAUGCUUCAGGGCAUUGCUGCAACUGUGGUGCUGUUCAUGUACUGCAAAGCAUUUCACGGGGAGCUUCCGUUUGAGAUUGCAGAGGAAUUUGCAGGGGACUACGUGAGCUUGCCUUUCGACGAGAAGAAGCUUCCCUAUGUUGUUUAUGUCACUUGAGGUUAGUAGGACUUGUCUUUCUUGCCAUGUUAGCUUGCUUCAUUAGAUAUGGAGUUGUUUUGUUUCAAUGUUUGUGUGUUAAUUAUACAUGUAAUGUCAUGUGAAAAGGUAUUCUUAAAAACUUUUCGACGAAAACGCAAUUGACGUUGUAUCUAGGUUGUUGCGUGUUUAAUACUAGUAGAAAGUUAGGAGUUGUAAUAAUGCCAUAAUGGAAUA